CGGAGGACUCGGCCCCCUGCUUCGCUCUGAAAUCUCUUGUUGUUUUUCCUGCAGGUCGAUCUCCUGAAAAAUGACCAUUGAGGACGUGACUGCCCCCUACGGACAAUCCCAUCCGAUCGAUCUCGGCUUCCAGGCCUCUUAUUUGGACCCCGGUCACCCCGUCACCUUCUCUGUGGCUGCAGCACCCAUGCCGUCCGACUGCGAAUUUUCCUUUUUUGACCCCAAUGACGCCUCGUGUCAGGACAUCUUGUGUGACCCGAGCACCUCGGUCUCGGAGCUCUUCGCUAUAUUGAGGCAAUGGGUCCCUCAGGUCCAGCAGAACAUCGACGUCAUCGGACACGAGAUUCUGAAGAGAGGAUGUAACGUCAAUGAUCGAGACGGACUGACGGACAUGACUCUCCUCCAUUACACCUGCAAGUCCGGGGCCCAGGGGAUCGGGGACGCAGAGACGGCCGCCAAGUUCGCUUCUCACCUGAUUGACAUCGGGGCCGAUAUAAGCCUGAGAAGCCGCUGGACCACCAUGAACGCCCUGCACUACGCCGCCUACUUCGACGUCCCCGAGCUCAUAGACGUCAUUCUGAAAGCUUCAAAACCGAGAGAUGUGGACGCCACCUGCAGCGACUUUGAUUUCGGGACGGCGCUGCACAUCGCCGCUUCCAACCUGUGCCUGGGAGCCGCCCGAGCGCUGCUGGAGAACCGCGCCAAUCCCGCCUUCCGGGAUGAUAAAGGACACACCCCGGCGGACGUGGUUCCCGAUCCGGUGGAUAUGCCUCUGGAGAUGGCGGACGCCGCCGCCGUAGCCAAAGAAAUCAAGCAGCUUCUUCUGGACGCCGUUCCCAUCCCCCGGGAUCUCUCCACCUUCAUCCUCCCCAAAUCUGACAGCGCCCUCCGGAACACGCCGCGCCGAUCAUCCGGGCUGAAGACGGGAGACAGAGUGCUCAUCGCCGGGCAGAAGGUCGGCACUCUGAGGUUCUGUGGCUCCACCCAGUUUGCCACCGGCCAAUGGGCUGGCAUUGAAAUUGACGAAUCCGAAGGAAAGAAUGAUGGAAGUGUGGGCGGAGUCCAGUAUUUUCAGUGCCCGCCCAAACACGGUAUUUUUGCUCCGCUCUCUAAGAUCAGACGGGCGAACGAGACGAUGAGGACUUUUAUCAGAAGUUCAUCUGUAAAAACGCCGGCGUCCGCCAAAUCUCCCACGAAGAUCGACCUGAGCCGCGUGACGUCUAAAAUUAACACGGGUUUGGCGAUCUCCAGGAAAGGCGCGCCGCCUCCCUCUCCUCGGGGGGUUGAGGAUUCCUCUAAAUCUACGAAGAAAGAAUUUUAUUUGGGAUCCAGCAGCUUCUCCUCCUCAUCUUCAUCUUCCUCCUUCCUGGACUCUAAGCCGCCGCUUCCAUUUCAUCACCGGGCCCCGGGCUCCAUGAAUUGUACCGCCAGUGCAUUGUCCAGCUCCCAGUCCGAGACGUCGGGGACCGGUCACGGAGCUCAGAGCGCAGCGCCCCCCGCAGGCAGCCCAGAGCAGCCGGAGUUCCAGCCCGGGGACCGCGUCCUUGUGGUCGGCCAGAGAAUCGGCACCGUGCGCUUUUACGGGAAAACCAGCUUUGCUCCAGGACAUUGGUGUGGGAUUGAAUUGGAUAAACCGCACGGGAAGAACGAUGGGUCAAUCUCGGGGGUUCAGUAUUUUACUUGUCCCCCCAAACAUGGAGUGUUUGCCCCGCCAUCGCGAGUACAAAGGCUCUCGGGAUCGGUGGAGUCUCUAUCCGAGAUCCCAGCCAGCAACCUGAAUCAUUCCUUCCCAGGAUUUAAAAGAAGUCUGAGCUCCACCUCCACCUCCACUUCCCAGAAAGAUGUCAGCCGGAGACACUCGUUUGGCAGACCCCGGAAGCCGGCGCUCCGCCGCAGUUGGAGCAGCACCAGCUCCACCAGCACGAGUGACGGAGGGGUGAAGCUGCACAAAGGCUCCCAGGUUCUCCUGAGCAGCUCUAAUGAAAUGGCCGUCAUCCGCUACAUCGGCCCCACGGACUUCGCCCCCGGCGUCUGGCUGGGCCUGGAACUGCGCUCCGCCAAAGGCAAAAACGACGGGUCGAUCGGAGAGCAGCGCUACUUCCACUGCAAACCCAACCAUGGUGUCCUCGUCCGACCCGGGAGAGUCACUUAUCGAGGGAUCAACGGAUCCAAGCUGGUGGAUGACGUCUGCUGACCCAAGUCCUGGUGGAUCGCCAAUCCGGAGAUUACCGACUCACGCCAGCGCUGAUCGUUUUUGUGACUUGUCAAGUCGUUUCUUCUUCUUCUUCCUCCAGUUUUUCUUUCACGUUUCUCAGAUGUGUUUCUAUCGCCGAGAUUGUAUCGUUUUUAAUUAUUUUGUUGUUUUCAUGCCAAACUUUCUAUCCGGGCUUUCCAAUGCCGGUGUUCCGUCAGAUUUGGCGACCCGUCAUAAUUGGUAUCGGAAGUGACGUUCCGUCGCCGCCAUCCUGCUACACCCCCGCACUCCUCCACCAAGAAGGGGGCAAGCGGACAUCUUGUUACACCCACCGGAGUUUUGCAUUUUACGGUUAUUUUUAACACAAAAGGUGAAAUACAAAUACAGGAAAACCUCGGACUGCGGGGAUAAUCCGUUCCAGAAACAUGCUUGUAAUCCAAAGCGCUUGUAUAUCAAAGCAAUGUUUUUACAGGGUAUAA